GUCGAUGGUCACAAUCAAAUCGAAUUCAUUCAUACGUACGCACGCUCUACUACCAGUACGUAGCAAUUAAUCGAUUAAAAAUCCAAGUCUGAGCAGACACCAGCAACAAAAAUGGAAGAAGCUCCAGAAGCAGUACAAGUUCCAGUGGCAUUUGAAAUUGCAGAGCGGAAUUUUAAUGUAAUAGGCGAACACUGUUUAAUACGUAUAUUUUCAACAUUACCAAUCCAGGAUCGUUUUGCUACAUCAUUAGUUUGUAAAAAUUGGUACCAUGUAUUGAAAGAAUUAGGAUGGAUCAACGUGACAGGUUGGAAAGUAUGCCAACAUUUCAUCAAACGACCAAAUUUGACAGUUAAUACUGUUCUGCAAACACUUGAAAAAAGUAUAAAAUACUUGACAUCUUGUUGUAUAUGUUUCGAGCAUCAUCCUAUAAUCAAUACUAGAGACCAUCCAAGAUGGAUAGAGAAAGUAUUCAGCAUGCUGUCAAAAGGAGAAAAGUUGCGUAGCGUAAUAUGGGACUUUAAAGUUCCAUCAAAAAUACUCAAGAAUUUUUUUGGAAAAGUGAUAAAUCAUCUUGAAGAAUUAGUUUUACUACCCUCAAAUAAAAUAGAUAUGGUAUUAUUUGCACCAAUUUUCAGAAAGGGUUCUACAUUAAAAACAAUAAUUUGGGAAAUAAAUCCAAAGGAUUUUAAUGCUCGUCACUUAAUAAUAUUUAUGGAAGCAUUGCCCAGGACAAUCACACAUAUGCAUAUUCAAAUGCCAGAGGCCUAUUUUAUCGAAAGCAUAUUGACGAAUAUGGAUAGAUUUGACAAUCUAGAAGAACUGCAUAUUAUAGGAAAUGAAGUAAAGUUGAUUCGACCAAUCUAUUUCGCCCGUCCAACAAAAUUAAGUGUGUUGCAUAUAAGUAAAAUAAACCCUAAGACUAAUUUAAGCUUCUUGUCUGGAGUAUGUGGUUUAAAAAAAUUAAUCCUCUUUGGCGGGAGAAUCACCACGGAAAUUGCACAAAAAUUUGUUAGUAAUAAUAGAGAAAUAGAAGAAAUAGACAUAGGAAACAUUGUAGGAUUUAACGAUGAUAUCCUAGACAAGUUUUUAAAUUUACGAUUUUUAAAAAAAUUAUCUAUAAGUCAUCAAACAGAGAUCAGAGGAACAAAUCUUCGCAGAUGUGACAAUUUGAAAAAACUUUGUCUUUACUCAUGUCCUUCUUUAACAGAAGAAAGUAUGACAAAUCUAUUAGGUCACGCGCGCUGUAUGAGAUUACUUAUACUAAUAGAAAAUGAUAUGAUUACUGAGAAUAUGAUAGAAAUCUGCCGUGGAGUACAAAGAGAAGAAAGAUUUUGCUUGUACAUACUACGAAACAAUGGACAAAUUCAAGUUUAUUUUUUUCCCGAAUUACAACCUGGCCAAUAUGUUGACCUCAAAGACGAGUACGAUGAAAUUCAUGAAAUGCUACAAAGAAUUGAAAAUGGCGAAGAAGAUCUACCAUUUCUGAGACGAAUGUACGAAGAUAUAAUAAGAGAACAAACAAGAGAACAAAAUCAAGUACAAAACCAUAGAGAAGAAGAACAAUGAAUCACUUUACAAAUAAAAACUCAAACUUUGUUUAGAAUAUCAAAAUUACUGAUAUUAUGAACUAUAAAAUUAAUUGCAGCUUCAAUUGUAAAUAUUAUUUAUUUAAUGCAUGUUUUUUUGCUGCAUCAAAAAUGUCAAAAUUUUUUAAUAUUAUUUAGUUGCUGGAAAGAAAUUUAUACUUUUGCUACAUUAGUAUAUGAAGAAAUGUAAACGAACUUUAAUUUUAAAAAA